ACCACACCCCUUUAUUGUUAUUUGUUUUGUGUGCAGACUUUUCCAUGGUUUGCAUUGCUCUACAAAAACGUCCGAUUUCGACUGCAAAUCGAAGCUGCCCUUCCGGCUGCUGUAAAAUCUGUUUCACCGUUCAAACGACAUCGUCGCGCCGAAAUCGGCAUCUGAAGCUCGACUGAAGCCUUCCUUCUUGCAUCUUUAGCACCUGUCACUCUAUAGAUCUGUGGGGUGCCUGAAAAUGAGAUGAUAUUUUGAGAUUUUCCACCCAGGUGUUUUGGUGAGUCGCCUAGCAGUGCCACAUGUUGUCCGAAAGUGUGUCGAGCGCCAUUUAACUGGCCCUGCCUGAUCGAGUCAUGCAGCAAGAAGGGACCCCAAAGUUCCUCAAGCACCACCAAGGCAGUGUGCGUGGCGUGGCCUUCAGUCCAAAGGACCGUUAUCUGUUUUGCUCGGGUGCUUACGAUGGCAAAGUCAUUCUGUACUCGGCCCUGCGGAUGGAGAUGCUGGUCAACUACCAGAUCACUACCCUUACCCUGGCCAGGAAUAUAAACGCAGUUAGAUUCACCUCUGAUGGCAGCCGGAUUUUGGCUGCGACCACUGUGCGCAGAGUGGCGGUCGUUGAUGUGGAGAGAGGCGAUCAACUGCUUGCAUACGACAACUGUGCCUUCAACGGUCGUGACAGGACGGGCCUGGCCACCGACCCGGUCUGUCCCAACAUGGCUGUGUCAGUGGCCGUCAAUGGCAAAGGGCUCACACUUCUCGACCUGCGCAUGCCACUUCCUCUCGACUUUUUGUAUGAUCUCCAUAGCAGCAUAAUUCGUGAUGUUACGUUUCUUGACUCUUCGUGGCCGUGGGGGAGAGGGCAUCAAAGUGUCUUGCUCAGUGCAAGCGGUGAUGGCACUUGCAAGGUCUCCACCCUGGAUGGUCGUGUGCUGCACUCGUUUCAAGUUGGUCACCAAGUGAACACCAUUUGCCCUUCACCUGAACCCUACCAUGAUGAGUCUGACGAAGGCUUCAACAGUGUCAUCAUGACGGGAGGGGACGUCGUCUCCACAUACCUCCCUGACUUUGGCGUCAGAGAGAGACUGAAAGACAACCGUGAGACUCCAGUAUGGAAAUUAAGGUACACAUCAAAUGGAGGACUUUUGUAUUCUGUGGGUGAGGACGGCAUCCUCAGAAGGUACCGACGCUUCCCUGACCACCACAAGUACCUAGGGCCUGUUUACAAGCACAGACUGGAUGUCCAAGAUCUUGACAUUUCACCGUACGAUGAAUAUAUCGUCACUGGGUCAAAAGACAGGACUGUUGGUGUUUUACGACUGGGUGCUCCAAAUCAUGGCUGCACUGAAUACUGCGAGGUCACAUGAAUUCUCAACGCGUUGGUUUUAAUUUGCAGGUGGCAAAUUACCAUCACUUUUGCAGUUUGUUAGCAAUUUUAAAAGAUCGAGAUUUUUUUUUUAAUUUUUCUGAAAUAGUUUUCCCCUAUCUUUAAUUUAACUUCAUCUUUUUCAACGCAUUGCUAAAUUUCCUAAUUAAAGUUUGGUGCUACCAUCGUGCCAUGGACUGCUAAAGAUAGCAAUUAAACAAUAAUGAUGCCCUUUUUUAUCAGUUGCUGUGUAAAAAUUCUUAAUAUUUAAUGUAGAAAUAAAUUAUAAGUGGGGAAGAAUGGAAAAAUAAUGGCUUUUUGCAAUCAUCUCCUUCGAAAGAAGGUGCACCGACCGCUAGAGCCAUCAAAAGGGUCACUAAAAAAACUAAAGCCACAAGUACGCCUUGCACAGAGAUGGAAGCUGUGCCGCGGUACAGUCCUCCGCUGCUGUUGGCAAUUCAUUCCAUAGUGAUUUGACAACGCGGUAUGAAAAGGCCUAGAGAUCGCGUUCAAACUUUGUUCUCCCGGGCGGCGGCUGCGUUUGACUCUUAAUUAUGCGCACCCUCGCGUCCAUGACAGUCACUCCCAAGUCACAUCUUCAAAUAGUUCAAAUGAAUUUAUGUACAUAUUUCAUAGAAAUAUAACGCCGGAUAUGAUAUCAAUGAGAUUUUAGAUUUAUGUGCAUUAAUUUUAGCAACAAUUUAUAUUAUUUAUUCUUCCCUGUCAAUUACGAAAAUGCAAGGUGAAGAUUAUUUCAGCAUAUUUUUGCUGUUGAGUUUAGGUUGCACUUUGAUUAACAAUCUUGCAGGAAAGUUUGAAUAAUCUCAUAAAAGGUGUACAGUAAAUGCACUGCCAAAUAAAAUUUUUAUAUUUUAGCAUGAAAUAAGUGAUUCUUUUUUUA